AUGUCCGACUACGACCACCUCUUCAAAAUCCUCAUGGUGGGGGACAGCGGUGUGGGCAAAUCGUCCCUCCUGCUGAGGUUCACCGAUGAUACCUUCACGGACAACUUCAUCAGCACCAUCGGUGUCGACUUCAAAAUUAGGACCGUUAACCUUGAUGGCAAGGUUAUCAAAAUGCAGAUCUGGGAUACUGCGGGACAGGAGCGGUUCAGGACGAUCACGAGCAGCUACUACCGAGGCGCGCACGGCGUCAUCCUCGUAUACGACGUCACCGAUCAGGUGAGCUUCAACAAUGCGCGCCAGUGGCUGACUGAGAUCGAGCGGUACGCCUGCGGCAACGUCGUAAAGCUGCUCGUGGGCAACAAGAGCGAUCUCGUGUCCAAGCGCGUCGUCUCCACCGCCACCGGCAAGGAGUUCGCCGACCAGUUCCAUCUGCCCUUCAUUGAGGCCUCGGCCAAGGACGGCAGCAACGUCAAGCAGGCCUUCAUGACCCUCGUCAAGGAGGUCUACGAAAAGGUCGUUGGCGAUUCUGCUUCAUCGGGUGGCGGCUCUCUGGGCCAGUCAGACAACAACAAGGUCAACGUCGCUGCCGCCAAGCCGGAGAAGAAGAAGGGCGGCCUCAAGUGCAUCCUCUAA